AUGGCCACUUUCGUUGAAACAAUCAACAUCUUGAGAUUCGAGAUCAUCCCUCAGUUGUCCAUUCGCGAUCAACUCCAUCUUUGUCAAACAAGCAAAGAUCUCCACACCGCAACUGUUUCAGUUCUCUACCGCGACAUCACCAUAACACACGACGUCGAAGUACCAAAUGACCCGCCACUGUCAGCCGGAAAGUUGAGAAGGCCUGAGAGAUUACGCGCGGCACGCAGAAAGCGACUACCCUGGGGCAGCUUAAGGUUUCGGAUUGAGAAUUAUGUUCAUGAGGAACAUUUUCGUGACACUGGGCUUUUGAAGCCAUUGAAUUUUCACCCGCUGGACAACGAAAAGGCUUGCCAAAUGAUUCUUGAUGGAAUUGACGAUUUGAGCUAUUCUGAAACGGAAAAGCUGAAUGCGGCGUUCACGAAUCGCGACUUUGAUCUUAUCUUAUCGCUCAUCAUCGCGGCAUGCACCGAGAUCCAGAGUCUUACCAUCGACCUUGGAUACUUUCUAUACAGCCACAAAUGGCUUCUCGAGCUAUUCAAGAACUCACUUUCACCUCAAACAAAAUCACAUAGUCUUCAGAACGUCACGCAUUUCGAAGUUGCCAGUCCUCGGGGCUGGUUAGGUUACCAGCAACUUCCUAGGGGAAUUCAUCCACUUUCAUUUUACCUCCCAACAGUGAGAACCUUAUCCCUGGAGAGUUUCGCUAGUCACCGUAAAGGGGAGAACAGCGCAUUGGCAGACACAAAUCCCUUCUGGCCUCUUUCAUCUGCACCACAGGCUCCCUUUCUUACUACGCUUCAUCUCGAUCACUGCUCGUCAAACGCCCAUAAUAUAGCAGCAAUGCUUACGCAGACGCCCAAUCUCAAGACAUUGUUUUAUGCAUGUUAUCUUCCUGCUUUUGAAUGCGACUUUGACGUUGAUGAGCUUAGAAGAGGACUGGAGCAUAGAGGGCUUAUUGAUUUCUCGGAUCAUGAGUGGCCAUUGACUCACGGCCGCAUUGAUGAUCUUCGAGAGUUCCUGUCUUUGGCGGAUCUUGAGAUUCCUCUCACUUUUCUUCAUGGCCAUACAGCCCCAGAGCAUUGGCAACCAUUGGCCGAUCUCCUGCCACCAAAUUUCAUCUCUCUUACAGUCAAAGAUGAACUAAUGGACGAUUAUACUACCUUCCAAGAUCUAUACACAGAAACAGCAAUCCGUGAUAUGAUGCGGACGUUUCUCAGCUACGGCUCCAGGUCAUUUACCCUCAGUUUACGCCACGUUUACUUUUAUCGCUACCCCGCGAUCUGGGACUAUAAAAACCUCUCGAAGGGCCCCGAGAAGGAAUACUACGAGGAUUGGAAGCCUGUAGAUGAAAAUUACGGCAGUCGAUGGGCUUUUGCGGAGUGA